AUGUCGGCACGAAGCGCAUAUGCGCGCAAAAAGACCACACAGGCAAAGAAUCAGGAUCCUGCCAAACAUGGAAGGGCCCAGUCUGUAGCCACGUCUUCCAGUGGUGAAGAUAUAUAUGGUGAUAUGUCAAUACCGCCUAACAUUGUCACCUCUGCUCUGCGAUAUCCUCUACAAACAUCACAGAAUGGUGCUGCAACAAUGGGAAGCAGAGGCGACGGAACUCCAAGAGGCAGACCAAUGAUGUCGCCAGACUGGAAUAUGGAUGCUUACGCUGGUAAUCAAGUCACUUCACCGACGGAAGAUUGGGUCCACAACCGAUCGAGGAGAGCGACGCUGCCAGAGGAAUAUGGGAACGUAGAGAGGAGUGGAUUACGGACGAUUAUCGACAAGCGAAGCGACGACGUGAGAAAGACAAUAGCGAAGACCUUUACAUUCCGCAGGAAGGAAAAAGAAGAGGAACCGAUCGAACAGGAUGAGACCAGCAGCCGACCAAGCGCAGACACCGUGCAACCUAGGAUCAUUCCUACUCAUACCGAGAGCCAUACCUGGGAUACGCAGUCUUCGGCAAGAACAGACACAACUUUGGCAUCGACCGCUUCUUACACAUCUUCUCAGUACCUACAACCGCCAUCGCCGAACCCGUUGCUAUCUUGCAGCAUACCACCUGCAGGUCCGCCACCAACCAGCAAGUUGCCUCCCAUUCCCCAGACGUCUGCUGCUUCGGCGUCGCAUAUGAAGCGUUGGUGCGGAAGAGGAAGGCCCAUCACGAAGUGGAACAAACUUCGAAAAGACCCAGAGCUAUGGGACCCCAACGGAGAUGUUUUGAUCUUUCUAGGACGCAAAGGACAAAGCUUACCAGCGCUCCGGGUAUCCUCACAUAUUAUCGAGGCAACCAAUAGUCGCUAUCUUCUUAACCUUCUGGACGAAGGUUCGCUUGGUGAAUAUGUGCAGUCUCCUCCUUCGCCCAGGAGCGAUUCAUAUGGAAUGAGGCUCGGCCACGAGUUUCACGAUAAACCACUGACACCACCUGCAUCGGGACGCACGAGUAUUGGGGAUAUGGGAGGGCAAAUAUCGUAUGAGAUGCAUUUCCCACCUCCACAAAAUGUCAAAAGCAUCGAUCAGCUGCGUCACCAGAUUACCACUCGCAAUGUCUUUGCGUUGCUUCUCAACACGUCGAUUGUAGGACUGUCCCUACACGAGGCUCUGGCGGACCUUCACGUUCGACUCGAUAGCUACAUGCCCCCGAAUAACGACAACGUUAAACAAAUAACACGCUAUAUCUACAACCGUGAGCUUGAUGAUGUUCGGAGCAGUCCUUCUAUGGCGUUGUCACUUCUCUUGUGGGCGGAGGAGCCGGAUGUGCGGUGGGAAGAUGGAUGGAGAGAAUGUUUCACGCAUUGUGUCGGCAUGUACGAACUCGUGCAGAAGUACAAAGACUUCAAGUGCCUGUCCCCAAACACAAGACAUUUGAUGGAGAUGGCGAGCCAUGAGAUGCAAGAUCGCGUUCGGGCUGCGGAGGACCGCCUUGCUGGCUUCAGGUACCAGGACAUCUGGACAUCCAGCCCGACGAUAGGCCCCGAAAUGAGGGCUAUCGAUAGAACGAAAGACAUGCUCUUGCGACAUUUCGAGCAGGAAUAUGGAUCCUGGCCUCCCGCGCCAUCCGCACAGUCGGAUAGUAGGCCCGGAAGAGCAGCCAAUGCUACAGGAUCCGAUACUUGGCUGAGCCGAACAGUGGUGAUGAGGCUGCAGAGGGACUUUGGUACAUUGUACGACUGUCUGGUCGAUCGGGAUAUGGUUUGGGGCGUGCUGGAACUACAGCACAGGAGCCAGUUGAUGAUGGUAUCCAAGUCGAAUCAUAAGGUUCUUGAUGUGGAUGCGGAUGGGUUGCCUUUGACGGAUAUGCUUAUCGAGUUUGAUAACAAGUAUCGCUUUCCGCAUCUUCCGCACCCUUAUCCUUUAUUGCCAAAAUCGACAUCAUCAACUACUACUGGCCAUUCGUUUCGAAAAGAGGGUAGAAAGGCAAAAGACGACCAGAUAAGCACAUUGGAAAGGAGGAUACAACUUGCUUACAAGGUGAGCUUCAAUGACGGCGAGCUAGACUUUCAGUCUUCCGAGAAUAAGCUGGUUGAAGCGUUUGAGCGAUUCGAGAAGACCGACGAAAUCGGGGAUAUGAGUCCAGCUACCGCGAGGCGUAGUCGCUGGAUUCUCAUUUACGGAGUCCUGCAAUCGCUAGCUUCUAUAUCUGUGGAUGAUGACCGGGUACAACAUAGCGAUAAGGUUGACUACCACUUGAGUCCGCGGUUGGAAGGAGUAAGAAUACCGCCAUGGAAACGUGGGAUAGGCGAGGGCAUUGGCGAGGGAGCGCACGAAAGGUCAUAUUGUUGGACUACAGAGACAGAAGCAGAGGCCGACAAGGAUAAGUACCUCGACGAUGUCGAUGUCGAUGUCGAUAUCCUUGAUCUACCUAUACAGAUGAACACGCCCGGAGCGGUAACGGACCGGAGUACGGGACUGGGUGGGUCUUUCGGCACGGGGAUCAGUCCAGGACUCAAGGAAAGGAUCCGCCGAGACCGGGAGAACGAGAGUCCUGUAGCUGCGGAUUACUUAUACACUUAA